AUGGGAUAUCCGACCGAGAUUUUUCCCUACUCUCUGCGUUCCAAAGGCAUCGCGGUUGAGCUAUUCGCAAUCUACGGGUCACUGAUCAUCGCGGCAUUCAUAAAUCCCAUCGGUCUAGAGAACAUUGGGUGGCGUUAUUACAUUGUCUUCUGUUGCUUUUUGGUAGUAUUCUUUGUCGUUACGUGUGUAUUGUUCCCGGAGACCAAGGGGUACAGCCUGGAAGAGAUUGCGGUGAUUUUCGACGGGCCCCAGGCUGUGGAAAACUUUGAAGAUGCUUCAGAGUCGAAGGAAGAGAAAAUACUUGCCAAAGGCGGAAUUCACGAUAUCGUACAUAAGGAGGAGGCAUAG